AUGUCGAACGAUGUGUCGGGUCGUGUUACUUCAAUUGCUCAACUGGUAGCUGGAAUGAAAAAUUUGAAUGUUACUUUCAUCGUAAUUGAUGUUGGAGCGUCACGUCGAACGCAACAAGGACACGAUAUUCGGACAGUACGAGUGGCCGAUCCAAGCGGUUCAAUUUUAAUGUGUGUUUGGGAUACAGUCGCUGAGGUGAUUCGCUCAGGGGAAAUAUGGCGUUUAAGGAAUGGUUAUACGAGUGUGUUUCGAGGUGCGCUAGGUUUGUCGUGCGGUAAAGCUGGGGACUUGAUGAAAAUCGGCGAGUUCUUUAUGGUAUUCUCAGAAGUACCAAAUAUGAGUGAAUAUAGCCCUGAGUUGGCUGCGAAAUAUCCAAUGCCAAGGAAGGGAUCACCGGGUGAUGAGAAUGGAAACGGUGGUGGAGGAGGUAUUGAUCAGUCGUCGUCAAGUUCAGGACUGGGUGGAGGUGCAACGAAUACAACGGGGGGAUUAGGAGUAUGUUCAGGUGGAGUAACUGCUCAACCAAGCUCAACAUCGGCGACAUUAGGUGGCGGCUCUCAACAAUCUGCUAGCGCUUUGCAAUCGUGUUCAUCGGCGAGUGGAGUGGGUGCAGGCUCAGCGUUAUCGUCAAGAAACGUUGCUGGUACGAAUAUGAGUGUGACGGGUUUUGUAAAUAAUGCUGGUGCUAUUGCAAGUGCAGGUGCAGCAACUCGAAGAGCAUUUCAGUCAGGGUUCUGUCGAUCGGAUGAUCAGCAUCCACGUACCGCCAAGCUGUCUCGUGUAUCAAUGUAG